AAUGGGGGGAGGGGAGAUGAGUGCCUAUUCCAGAGCUACAAAAAUAAUUUCUGGCUUUGGCCAGACAAUUCUGAACUUUCUUCCCAGGUGCUGUCACACUGGUGUUUACUAGCGGGAAACAAGAAGAGCUGGUUAUUGGCCCCUGGAUUUUGACUGGUUACUGGGAGAAGCAGGGCCUAUUUUAGUCUCUGAAAAAGCCCAGCAAGAUGUCAGACCUGGUCUCAGUCUUCCUCCACCUCCUUCUCUUCAAGUUGGUUGCCCCAGUGACCUUUCGCCACCACCACUACGAUGACCUCGUGCGGAUGCUGUACAAGGUGCACAACGAAUGUCCCCACAUCACUCGGGUUUACAGCAUUGGGCGCAGUGUGAAAGGGAGACACCUCUACGUGCUGGAAUUCAGCGACUACCCCGGAAUCCAUGAACCCUUGGAACCGGAAGUCAAGUACGUGGGGAAUAUGCACGGCAAUGAGGUGCUCGGCCGUGAGCUGCUGCUGCAGCUGUCGGAGUUCCUGUGUGAGGAGUUCCGCAACAGGAACCAGCGCAUCGUCCGGCUGGUGGAGGACACGCGCAUCCACAUCAUGCCGUCCAUGAACCCUGACGGCUACGAGGUGGCCGCUGCUGCCCAGGAACGCGACAUCUCUGGGUAUCUGGUUGGCAGGAACAAUGCAAAUGGAGUGGACCUGAACCGCAACUUCCCCGAUCUCAAUACCUACAUCUACUACAAUGAGAAGAACGGAGGCCCCAACCACCACUUGCCCCUUCCAGACAACUGGAAAAGUCAGGUGGAACCCGAGACCCAGGCUGUGAUACAGUGGAUCCGCUCCUUCAACUUUGUCCUUUCAGCCAAUCUCCACGGAGGGGCAGUGGUGGCCAAUUACCCAUAUGACAAGUCCCUUGAGCACCGGGUCCGAGGUUUCCGCCGCACUGCCAAUACCCCCACGCCUGAUGACAAGCUUUUCCAGAAGCUGGCGAAGGUCUACUCCUAUGCACAUGGAUGGAUGCACCAAGGUUGGAACUGUGGGGAUUACUUCCCAGACGGCAUCACCAAUGGGGCUUCCUGGUAUUCCCUCAGCAAGGGAAUGCAAGACUUUAAUUAUCUCCAUACCAACUGCUUUGAGAUCACGCUGGAACUUAGUUGUGACAAGUUUCCACUGCAAGAGGAAUUACAACGCGAGUGGCUGGGUAAUAGGGAAGCCCUAAUCCAAUUCUUGGAACAGGUUCACCAGGGCAUCAAGGGAAUGGUGAGGGAUGAGAAUUACAAUAAUCUUGCAGAUGCUGUCAUUUCUGUCGGUGGGAUUAAUCAUGAUGUCACUUCGGGUGCCCACGGCGAUUACUUCCGGCUGCUGCUUCCAGGCACCUACACUGUCACUGCCACAGCACCUGGGUUCGACCCAGAGACCGUGAGUGUGACCGUGGGUCCUGCGGAACCCAAGCUGGUUAAUUUCCAACUCAAGAGAAGCACCUCUCAAGCAGCCCCUAAGAGGAGAAUUCCCAACUCAGGGCAUAGAGGCAGAGUCUUACCAAAGAAAGUGCAGCCCCAGGCAGCUAGGAAAAAAGAACCGAUGAUGAAGCAACCCCAGAGAGGCCCUGCCUGAAAUCCACAGUGCCCGGGGCAACGCUUUGGAAAGGCUUUGUUCCUGCUCUCCCACCAGAAGCAGCAUUCUUUCUAUUUUAUUAUCUGAGACAUAUUUAAAUAUAAACAUAUUCAGAACAA